AUGUCUAGCCUUGCCGAUCUGUUGAGUCCUGAUUUGAAGCUGGACGACCUAGAGGCAUCGCUCGCUGGAGGCACCAAAGAGCCGCAAGAGAAGGUGAUAAGCGCAAUCGACAAGGCUCAGGGCUCUAUUCUGCCGAUGCGAUUGCAGUUUAACGAUUUUUUACAGACUAUGUCUAGCCUAGAUGAUCUUCAAGACCAAACGCCGUUGGAACGGUUUGCAUUGAUAAGAAACAAGGUGCUAGAUUUGACCAAUAGACUUCAGAUGAUCUCCGAGGACGUAGGAAAGCUGCAGCCUUUGUUCGAUACUAUACCAGAGUACUCAGAGAGGUACGGUACCAAAAAGUUUCAGCCAUUGGAGACUUUAAAGGUAACGUCACAAAAUAGCACGAUUUCGACUCCCCAGACGCAGAAUAGUGGGGCUUCGAACCCUCCUGCCAGCAAGAAGAUCAGCAAGUCGAGCGGCGGGACACCUGUCAGUCAUUCAAGCACACCAUUAGGCUCUGCUGCGCCAAGCACAUUUCCAGCAGCAGGGAAAAAACCGAGGAAACCGAGACAGAGCAAGAAGGCCCAAGCUGCGGCUGCAGCUGCAGCUGCAGCUGUGGAUACCGUAAAAAGCCAGCCAUCAACAGUUUUGUCACCGACUCCGCCAGCUCAUAUGAUAAAUUCGGCGCCACCCGCGAAUCCCAUGCAAAUGAUGAACGGCGUCAUGCCAAACACUAUGACGGGGUCUCCAAUGCAGUCCCUGAUGUCUCCGGUCGGCAAUACUCCUAACGGAUACGGCCUACCUCAGCAGCAAAUGCAGCUGCCGCAGUCACAACAGCAACCGCAACAGUUCAACCAACCCACCGUCGGCAACUCUGCCCCUCCAGUACAACCGCUGAACAUGAAUAGCAUAACUCCCGCCAAUAUACUGAACAUGAGCAUGGGAGCAGAUCCGCAGCAGCAGCAGCCAAUUCAAAAUAAUCCAAGAAAGAAUUUUGAUCCGCUCGAUUUUAAUAACCUCGAUUUUGGUGAUCUAAACAUGGAUAUGAUAUAA